ACCCAAGACGUUAGCAUAGAGGCUCGUUGACGUUAGAUUCAUUUCGCAGGUUCGCACAUCGACCCAGCUAAAAUAAAUGACAUGAAAACGGUUUUAAGUUAGUUAACAGGUGACAAGGCCGUUCUCGUCUGUUGUGAAGAGUUAUUGCACAACAAUUCCAAGUUAAAGAUGGAGCCCCAGGAACCUGCAAGGAAUGAUGACGGAAGUGGAUUCUCCAAGCGGCGCAUCUCUUCAAUUUUAAAAGCACCAAGGAAAUCAGUUGUAGAGCAACAGGAAAAUAAGGUGGAAUACCCCAAACCUGUGGAAAAAAGGAGUUCAAGAAGAGUCAGUUUUGCUCCUGCCAAUGAUGUUCUUCUGUUUUCAGAGGAUGUGAAAAAUGCCUCUCCUGCCCGAAGUCCUUUAGAAGAGUUAAUAGCAGCAUCAGCGACAACCUCACAAAACAGUUUCCAGAUGGCAGUCGCUGGUGGGAGUCAACAGAUCUUUGGAAUGGAAACCCUUUUGAAUGCUCCUCUAUAUGCUUCUCAACAAAGGGAAAAGGUCAACUUCAAUAUUGGGGAAGACUGUGGGGAGAAAACUGUGAUGUUUUCUGCUGAUGAUGUAUUCCUGGACCUGACCCACAGUCACACUAUAAACAUCGCCACUGAUGCAGAAUUACUUGCAGAUAUUCCCCACCAAAACGAUGAUGUUUUACCCACUGAUGGAGAGAAACUGAUGUUCACUGCAGAUAACAGAUCCAUGGAUGUGACUCGAAGUCAUACUGUGAACAUGACAAGUGGGUCAGUAUUAUUGCCCACUGGCAGAAAAAUGGACAUAAGUGUUGAAAAGAAAAAUGUGUCCUCAUUACUGCCUUGUUUGGAUCCUGAAUUUGCAAACUUUAUUGCAAGUCUCUCUAAACCAUGUGACCCCAGCAUUAAUCUUAUGGUCACAAAGGUGACACCUGCAUGCUCUGAGGAAACAAACAGCUCCCUGGCCCCGGUUAAAACAAAGAGGCCUGAUGUGGACAAAGAAAAUCAGGUUCCAACUUUUAUAAUGAGGAAGUCACUAAAUAGAUCCAGGAAGACUGGAGACUCAUCUUAUGGAAGUGCACUCUGCUCUGAUGAUGGCGUGAGCAAAGAUGUGACUGAAGCUCAGACAGGCCACAUUCUGGGAUCCACUGAUGAUGAUGAUUAUGAUGAUGAUGAUCCUUUUCAGUGUCUCUUUCCCACACAAGAAAUGUACUCCCAAUAUGGCAAAAGAGUAUCACAGACAGCAGAGAUGUUGAAGGCCAAACAGCAACAGUGCAGUAAAACCCUGGUGUCAUCUGACCACAAAGGAGCAACUACUGAGAAUAGGGCCCCAAAGCUGAUCACUGAAGAUGGUUGUCGACAAAUGACUGAUACAACAUACCUGAAGAAUCCUGUACAUGCAUCUCAAAGACACAAGGACAACUUUGAUGAAUGCAGUGAGAGAACAGUCAUGUUCACAGCAGAUAAUGAGUUUAUGGACCAGACUCGGAGUCACACUGUAACCAUUGCCAGUGGGAUAUUAUCUCCUCAGCCCAUAUCAGCAGAUGGCUUGGAUCCAGAAUUUAAAAACUUCUUUGCAAGUCUGUCUAAUCCAUGUGACUGUAGUGGUAAUCCCAUGAUUUCCAAAAUGGGACCCACUACUUCAGGAUCCUCUAAAGAUAGCACAAACAUGAUCAGCUCCUUGUGCCAGCUUAAAACAGCACAGGCUGACAAGAAUAAAGAAAAUCAGCUGGUCAAUGAGUGUCUGAAGAAAGCAGAGAUGAUUUCAGGACAGAAGAACAGUGAACCACUCAGGUCAUCUAAUCAUAAAGGUACAGAAACCUCAUUGAAACCAUCUUUAAAGACAAAGAUGCAAAGACAUCAGGCCAAGUUUGACACCGCAAAUGACUACAGACAGAAAACAGAUGAUGCUUGUAUGAAUGUGACACAAAGUUACACUGCAAACAUUGCCGCUGAUUUUGGACUACAAGCGCACCACAAUGUGGACCUUUUAUCCACAUGUGGGGAGACAACAGUGAUGUUCACUGCAGAUGCUACAGACAUGGAUAUGACCCAGUGCCUCACUGUAAAUAUUGCCAGUAAUUUAGUAUCAGAUUCAGUUGUUCCUGUGAAGAAACAGGAAGGUCUGCCUAGAAACAGAUCUUCAUCAGCACACAGUUUGAAUCCAGGAUUCAGUAACUUCCUUACAAGUCUGUCGAACCUAAGUGACCCCAGUGUUGAUUCUGUGAUCACAAGAGUGACACCUCCAACUGUGCCAUCCUCUAACACUGGAGACUCUUCUAAUGGAAGUGCAAAGUACCCUGAAGGUGAUGUAAGAAUAGAUAUGACUGAACCUCAGACAGGUCGGAUUUUAGGAAUGACAGGUACAGAUGAUCCUCUUCAGUGUCAUUUUCCCAUGAAAGACAAGUACCCACAAAGUAAUAAUUUGGAAAGAGCAGAGAUGACUUCUCAACAGCUUAGCUGGGAAGCAUUGGGCUCAUCAAACCGGGAAGGUAAGGAAAUACCAAACCAAAGUCACUCUGUUAACACUGGUGCUGUUUUCAAACCCCAGUCACGCCAAAAUGUGGACUUAUUGCCUACAUGUGGAGAGAAAACUGUGAGGUUCUUUGCAAAUGAUGAAGCUAUGGAUAUAACACAAAGUCACACUGUCAGCAUUGCCACUGCUUGUGAACCGCAGUUACAGCAAAAUCUAGAUGUACCUACAUGCAGCGAGAGAACAGUGAGAUUCUCUACAAAUUAUGCAAUUAUGGAUAUGACACAAAGUCAUACUGUCAACAUUGCAGCUGGUUUUAAGCCCCAGUCAUGCCAAAAUCUAGACUUACCUACGUGCAGAGAGAAAACGUUGAAGUUCUCUACAAAUGAUGCAACCAUGGAUAUAACGCAAAGUCACACUGUCAACAUUGCCACUGCUUUUGAUCCACAGUCACAGCAAAAUCUAGACUUACCUACGUGCAGAGAGAAAACGUUGAAGUUCUCUACAAAUGAUGCAACCAUGGAUAUAACGCAAAGUCACACUGUCAACAUUGCCACUGCUUUUGAUCCACAGUCACAGCAAAAUCUAGACUUACCUACGUGCAGAGAGAAAACGUUGAAGUUCUCUACAAAUGAUGCAACCAUGGAUAUAACGCAAAGUCACACUGUCAACAUUGCCACUGCUUUUGAUCCACAGUCGCAGCAAAAUCUAGACGUACCUACAUGCAGAGAGAAAACGUUGAAGUUCUCUACAAAUGAUGCAACCAUGGAUAUAACGCAAAGUCACACUGUCAACAUUGCCACUGCUUUUGAUCCACAGUCGCAGCAAAAUCUAGACGUACCUACAUGCAGAGAGAAAACGUUGAAGUUCUCUACAAAUGAUGCAACCAUGGAUAUAACGCAAAGUCACACUGUCAACAUUGCCACUGCUUUUGAUCCACAGUCGCAGCAAAAUCUAGACGUACCUACAUGCAGAGAGAAAACGUUGAAGUUCUCUACAAAUGAUGCAACCAUGGAUAUAACGCGAAGUCACACUGUCAACAUUGCUACUGCUUUUGACCCACAGUCACAGCAAAAUCUAGACGUACCUACGUGUGGAGAGAAAAUGGUGAAGUUCUCUACAAAUGAUGCAACCAUGGAUAUAACGCAAAGUCACACUGUCAACAUUGCCACUGCUUUUGAUCCACAGUCACAGCAAAAUCUAGACGUACCUACAUGCGGAGAGAAAAUGGUGAAGUUCUCUACAAAUGAUCCAACCAUGGAUAUAACGCAAAGUCACACCGUCAACAUUGCUACUGCUUUUGAUCCACAGUCACAGCAUAAUCUAGACUUACCUACGUGCGGAGAGAAAACGUUGAAGUUCUCUACAAAUGAUGCAACCAUGGAUAUAACGCGAAGUCACACUGUCAACAUUGCUACUGCUUGUGAACAGCAAUCACAGCGAAAUCUAGACUUAUUUUCUGCCUGCAAAGACAAAACUGUGCUGUUCACUGCUAAUGAUGCAACUAUGGAUGUGACACAAAGUCACACUGUCAAUAUUGCUACUGCUUUUGAACAUCAGUCACACAAAAAUGUGGACUUACCUCCAUGUGGAGAGAAAACAGUAAGGUUCACUGCAAAUGAUGCAGCUAUGGAUAUGACCCAGUGCCUCGCUGUAAAUAUUCCAAGCCAUAUGGUAUCCGAUUCAGUUCCUCCAUGCCAGUAUUUGAACACUGCAACCACCAACAGAAACAUGGAUUUGCCUUUAACUGUGAGAAGAACAGAAAGUGGUCUACAUAGAACUAGAUUUUCUUCAGUACAUGGUUUGAAUUCCGGAUUGAAAAACUCCCUCUCUAAAACAAGUGGCCUUGGGACAAAUCCUGUUAUCACCAAAGCAGUGGCUCUUGCUGAACCAUCUGCUCAAGAAGGUGUUGAGGCAAAUGACUACAUGGAACAGCUUGAAACACAGGGGCCUGAUGUGGAUGGUGAAACCCUAACUCCAGCUGUUAUUCCAUGUACCAUGGACAAUCCACAAAAUCAAAUUAUGACAGACUGUCUAGAGGAUGAUGUCAAUAUGGGUGUGACUAAAGCUCACUUGUACCCUGAAUCUAACCAUAUGAAGAAAACAGAGGCAACUUCACAACAGAGCAGUGAAGCACUGGGAUCAUCCAACCCCGGUGCUGUGGAAACUACAAACCAACCACAUUCUUCUGACUCAGAUGAACCACGGGCCAGGAAAGAACCCGAACUAAGAAAUGAAACCAGUCCACAAAAGAUGGAGGGUUCACCCAGACUGGUUGACCAACAUGAUGACAUUUUACAUUCACCAAAGUCAAGACGAAAGAGUAUAGUCAGUCUCCUGUCAAAAAUAAAGCGUUUGAGCCACGUCAUAAAUACAGCUCCGGAUCCUAUCGUCAUGGACAGCUGCACAGUGCCCUUGCCUCAGUUGGACCAUGACUUGGACCAAAACUCAAGAGACAAAACAAAAUCUUUGUCUGUAGUGGAGCCUGAACUCAAACUAGGUAUGGUGAAUGCUGAAGAUAAAACACAAGCUCAGUGUCUUACAGACAGAGAACAAACUACAGCUACUCCCUUCAACUUCAAGACUAAUCAGCUUAUGUCAAGGCUCUCAAUGGGAGGCUUUAAACCAAAACUCCCCCAAAGAAGCAAACCUGAUGAUCAACAGAAGGUGAAUUAUCUGGGUGAACGUAGAGGGACAAUAAAACCAGGUCAACUGAGUAACUUUGACAGUGAUGUGAGUGAUAUUCAUGAUGAAGAGCUAGGUAGCUAUGAAGAUGUGUCGGAAACACCAGACACAAGUCCUCAGAAAAUUGAAGAUCAUUCCCAGGAGUUCAUCAUGGAUGAGUCUUUAGAGGAAAAUGGUUUUGAAGAGGAUUUCACUAGUGCUGCCCGUGGACAAAAGAGACCUUUGCCAGAAGAUAAAAGUAUUAUGGAGGAUGAGAAGAGGAUGAAGGCAUCCAUUGUGACCACUGACACUACUGAGAUGGAUUUACAGUCUCAUGCUGUGGAGUGUGAUGCUAACAUCAUUACAGGUCCAACCAUGACUACACAUACUGACUGUUCCAGCAUCAGGUGUGAAGCAACAUUUGAGUCAACAUUUAAAAAUAGCCUUUUUGAGUCCCAGCUUGAAGAUUAUGCAACAGAUUUACAAAAGAAGCUUGAUGAUGGCACCAUUACAGUGUCAGAGUUUUUUAAACUCUUCAACAUAGACUUUGUCAUCCACAAUCCUCGACAGAGUGUCCUAUCUGGCAGACUUUUGUCAAACACAGAUCGAACACUGAUGGACUUAUUUAAAGACAAGCACAUCAGCCAUCCUAAACAAAUGGUAUAUGAGGCAGAUGUCCAGAACCUCACAAAAAAGGUGGAGGGGUUGAAGGUGCGAAUGCGAGACCUAGACAGACCUCUGAAGAUGGUUAACCGACCUUUGUGGGAAGAGAUAAGAAAUUCUUCAGAGAAAGAGCUUAAACCUUUUGGUGCAAAACUAAAAGAGAGAAAUAACCUCUUCAGAAAGAUGAGCAAAACUCGGUCACAUGAAAUGAAGGAAGCCUUGUACUCAAAUCUUGUGCAGCCUAACCUGGAGGUACAACAGAAGUUGAGAGGAACAAUUGAGAAAGCAGAAGAGAUGAGGAAAACUCUGGAUGACUGUAUUUGUGAAUUAGAAACAGAGCUUGCUGCGGUUGAAGAAAAAGGCACUGAAGACAAACCAAGUCUGAAAUCACGUCAGGAAGAAUUGAAAAACAUCACUGAAGCUUUGGCUGAUAGCGAAAGACAAAUAUCUGAACUGAAAAUAGAGAAGAAGAAAAAUUCAGAUAAACUCUGCAGGCUGAAAGCUGAGACAAGGAGCAUGGAGAGCCACCUUGAUGUGCUUCAUACGGUGAAUGAAUACAAGUUUGGAGGGAAGAGGGAUAACUGCACAACGUACACUUUCCUCUAUGAGACCAUGCAUCUACAGGUGGUUUAUGAAAACUCCAACGGAAAUGAUGCUGAUAAUGGCCCUGAGCAGAACAUAUCACACAUCACCUUAAAACUUGAACUCGAUGAAGAGAAGUCAAAGUGCCAUGCCCGCCUUGUUCACAAGCUGCUCUCUCAGUACACUGAGGGAGAAUCUGCCUGGGUGGAAAAGUAUCCGACAAGAAGACAUAUUCCACAGCUGCUCCACGAUGUUGGCCUGGUAGUCAGUUGCUGCCGUCUGCUGGGAGAGGAGUUGCGUUUACUGAAAAUGUGGGGAGGUCUAAGACUUGAUAUCCUCGACAUCAGCUGUGUGGACGCUCAAGUGCAAAUUGUCUUCAGCAGCCUCAAGAAAUUGUCCAAGUUUGAGGUGGUCUUCUCUGUCAGUUUGAUCAACCAACUCUAUGUCCUUCAACUUCAGAGCUUUAAAAACAUCAUCGGAAGCACCACGAUGCAACAGAUUGAAGAGAUUGUGGCAUUGUUCACUCCAGGAAGGAACCUCUUGACCAAGAUUGUGAAAAAGAUUCAUGAUAAAUUACUCUGUUGAGACAAGGAAACGUCCUAUAUCAAACUUUGAAUGAGCUUGUUGGUGAAUAACCUUGAUAAAUAUUGAUGUUCAACAUGAAAGACUAUAUUCAUUAAUUGGUUUUUUUAUGCCAAUUUGAAAAAUGUUCAGGUCAGAUUUUGGUUUUUGAUGGUUUGUCACUGUGUCCACAUAAUACAUCCACACCUGUUAACAGUUUGCAUUAUGCAGAAAGUCUUUGUGUUUUGUUAUAAAUAAUUUGGUGUUAGAACAUGGAUAACAUACCACAUAAAAAAAACAAAAGGAUGGUAUCACUAGAAUAGAGCAAAUAAGAUUUGUUCCAACUACAGCCCAUGUGUAGUAUUCUAAUUUAUAGCCAUUCUUUGAUGUGGUACUUUUGACCUUGCCAGUUUUAGAGCAUGUAAGUUAUGCUUGGUUGUGUUAACCACUGUACAUCAUUAUUUGCCUUAAUUUACUUUUUCGUUUAUAAGAUUAACUCCACUCGUCUUUCUUAAGAGAGUGCAGUGAUUUCUGUGCAGUUUCCAGGAUCAGCUCCAGAUGGUGCUCAUGGACUGACCUUACAGUACUUUGUUUUGGCUGUAGAGGACACGAUUUUGUUUCUGUUGAAGGGCACUGUGUCAGAGAUAUGCUUUCAACAAAAUGUUGAAUAUCUCCAUCUGUAAAUAUGUUUCACUUUGUUCAUACUGAAAUCUCAUAAAUACAGUUCACUGUUUCUUUAAUGUUUACUUUUGACAAAGAUUUGUACUUGUUUUUUUAGAGACCUGUAAAUUAAAUGUAUGUUUUCCAUGGAG